AUGGAGGCGUCAGAGCGACGCCCCCUCGUGGCUCGCGCAGUCAGGUCCAGCGACCACACGAGCGCAGAUUCAUCGUCGCACCGCUCUUCGCAGCGCUCUUCGCACAGCCAUCGCAGUCACGACCUCCAUCCGUUGACGAGCAUCGUCGUAUUCUGCGGCUAUGGCGUCGCACUCCUCCUCGCAUUCAACGUCAUGCGAUUGGGGCCUGCGUUGCCCUCGUCGCAUCCCGUCGCAGCGUGCGACGCCUCGCGUGGUGACACGUGCGACUGGGCGACCCACGCGACCCACCAGCUGCUGCACCGCCCGUGGAGCCCUCCCGUGGCGGCGCUGGCCGUGCUGGGGUUCGCGCUGCUCUUGCUCCGCGCGCUUUCUGGGCAGGCGGCGCGAGUGCGCGCUCUGGAGAUGCGUUUGCGAGGGGCGAAGGGGGAACAGGCGGUUGAACAGGAGCGGGUGAGCAAGGGGGAAGAGGAGGAGAAUAUGGUGGAGAAGAAAGGGUGGAUAGGAAAAGAGAUUGACGGAGGGGAGGAGAGUGCGAGAGCGAGAGGUGCGGAUGCAGGCACGGCGGUUGGCGCAUUGGUCUCACGCGAUGGGGACAUGGCUACGCGAGCUGCUGUCGACCUGCUGGUCCACGGGAUAGCCGCGCCCAUGAGAGGCGCGCUGGGCAUGCUGCGCCUGCUGGCGGCGACCGUGCGCGACCCCAUGCACCUCGACCUCAUCCACUCGCUCCACGCCUUCGCCGCGCACCUCACCCGCCUCGCCGCCGCCGCCAGCACCACGUGGCGCGCGCAGGCCGGCCCGCUGCCCGUGGUGACGUCAGCGGUGGACGUGCGGGGGGUGGCGGACGAGGUGGUGGCGGCGGUGGGCGGGGAGGCGCGCGAGAAGGGGGUGGAGCUGGCGUGCCUGGUCAUGGACGACGUGCCCCCGCUGCUGCUCUCCGACCCCCUCCUCCUCAAACAGCUGCUGCUGUGCGUGGCGGCGGCAGCAGUGCAGCGCACGGAGCAGGGCCACGUGCUGCUCUGCGUGCGCCUGCUGCACCCCCAAGAGGCCCUCCAGCGCCAGCAGCAGCAGCAGAAGAGGGGUGCGCAUGAGAAGCACCAAGUGGUGGCAGCGAUUGAGAAUGCGGGCGUGCAACCGAGGCACGGCGAGGGCAACAGCCUGCUCCUGCCGCCCUCACGCAUGCCCCUCCCACCGCCCACCCACCACCACCCCCUCUCCCCGCCCCCCACCACAGCAUCCGCUUCUGCCUCCGCGGCCCCUUUCCCCUCCGUGUUCUCCGCGCCCUCCUCCCCUUCCUCCCUCUUCUCCAGCCCGGACCUCCUCGGGCUGGGUGGCAUCGCUCGGCGUCUAGCAGCCUAUGCUGCUCCGUGGAGCGAGCAGGGGGGGCAGGAACAGGCUGACAGCGGGGCGGGUGUGUUUGCAUCGCUCUCCGCUGACCCGUGGCUGCAGCAGGGGGGAAUGGCGCACAGCGAUGCCUAUGAGCACCGCCAGCAGCAGCGGCAGGCGCAUCAACAGCAGAAUCGCCAGCAAAGGCAGGAGCAGCAGCGCUUCCAGCAGCAGCAACAGCAGAAUGAGCAGGAACAGGUGCAGAGGGACGGGGGAAAGGACAGUUUGAGUGGGAGGCGGGUGGUGGACGGGCGGUGCAGCUGGGGCGCGUUGAGGCGGCUGCUGGACGACCAGGAGAGCCGAUUCGCUGCUGCCGUCGCACACGCUGUUGCUACUGGUAACGCUGGUGCCGCUACUGCUGCGGCUGCUGGUGGUGGCAGCAGCAGUGGGAUGGGGCAGUUGUGGGUGGAGGUGGUGGUGGAGGACACGGGCACGGGCGUGCCGCAACCCGUGGUGGACGCACUCAACGCCAUGGAUGGCGCUAACGCUGCUGCCUGCGCCUGUGCUGCUCUACCAGAGGCGUUGCUGCCUCUCCAUGCCACCACGCCCCUGCUGCUCGCCCACACACACCUCCUGGCGACCUCUCUGGGCGGGUCCCUCUCGCUCACCACAGCACCCGCCAUCGGCACCACCGUCGCACUCACCAUCCCCAUGGCCCUCCCCCCCCUCGCCCCCACGCCCUCCUCCUCCCCCGCCCUUCUCCCCUCCGCCCCAAUACCUCCCCCUCCCCAUGCGCCUCUUCCCCCUGCCUUCCGCCCUGCCUCUGCGCCCUCCUUCCCCCGUGCGGGGGGGAGCAGCGGCAGCGAGGGGGGGUUGGCGGCGCUGGUGGGGUUGUGGGAGAGCGUGGGGGCGGACGGCGGGCUGUGGGAGGCCAUGGGGCUGGGGGGGGGCGCGGGGCAGGGCGGGGGGGGAAGGGAUUCCGGUGCUACUGCAGCAGGGGAAGGUGCAGAGGAAGGGGGUGCAAGGGGGGGCGCACGUGAGGGGAAUGGGGGGGGAGCUGGUGGUGAGGGCGGGGGCAGGGGGGCGUGGAUGGGGGAGGUGGGGGUGAGGGAGGUGGGGGCGGCGGAGAGGAGGGCGGUGAGGGAGGUGGGGGCGGUGGGGGGGGGUGGGGGGCGAGCAGUGGGAGGUGGUGGCGCCACUGGUGGAGCAGGUGCAGGGCGUGCGGUGGCAGCGUCACUGCUAUCGCGCCUGGGCAUGGACGUGGAUCUCGCAGACAGUGUGGCGGACGCUGUUGCUGCCUUGCAGUGCGCCCCUCCCGCCCUGCACCCCGGUCAGCUGCCUCCCCCGCUCCUCUCACCUGCCCCACUUCUCUCCUGUCCCUUCCCACCAGCACCCUUCUGUCUCUUCCAUGCAUGCCUCCUCCCCUCCGUGUACUCAGCAGCAGCGGCAUGGCAGGAAGGGGUGGGGAGCGGUGGGAGCCGGUGGGACGUGGUGCUGGUGGAUGCAGACUGCGAUGGCACCCCGGGCUCUGGCCUCCUCCUUGGCUCCCAUGUGGCCCGCAUCAACGCCGCCCAUGCCGCCGCCCAUGCCGCCCAUAAUGCCUACUCCCACACUGCCGACCACGUUGCACAUGCUCCCGGCAGCGACUCUGCUGUUGCCCCCGCUGCUCCUGCUACGGUCUUUUCUGCAGGGGACAUGGACAGUGGGCAGGCAGCAGGGGCAGCAGCAGCGGCGGCAGGGGCAGGGCCAGAGACGGUGGGCAGAGGAGGGUUCACGCCAUUGGCAGAGGAUGGCGUGGGUGGGGAGGACGAGGGGAAUAGUGGGGCGAAAGAGGGGUGUGGUGGGGGGCCGGACAUGGGCGCAGGGCAGGCAGAGCAGAGGGCAUGGGGUGAGUGCAGAGAGGGCGAGCGUGGGGAGGGGGUGGUGGAAGGGCGAGUGGGGAGGAAGGAGCUGGGUGAGGGGGAGCUGUCACAGGAGCACGCACAGGCACAACAGCAGCAGCAGCAGCAGCAGCAGCAGCAGCAGCGGGCAGAGGGAGAGGGAGAGGGAGAGCAGCAGCGGUGGGCGGAGAGGGGCGAGUCGCUAGUGUUUCCUGGCAUCUCAUCCAAGCUCGUGCUGGUGGCGCAGGUCAGUGGGGCAGAGAAGCAUGAAGGCCGCGUGCAGGCAACGAGUGAGGACAUGGCGUUGGCAGCAGCAUCGCAUGGAUUUUCCUGCAUUGCUCUCAAGCCCCUCCGCACGCCAGUGCUCGCUACAGCCAUGCUGCAGGCCCUGGGCGUGAGUGCAAGGGAGGUGCAGCAGGCAGCAGCGCAGCAGCAGCAGCUGCACCUCAGACGACUGCUGCGAGGCAAAGUGGUUUUGGUGGUGGACGCCUGCUUCACCACGCGCAAGGCAGCAGCAGUGGCCGUCUCCCAGUUCGCCGAUGCAGCCUGUGCCGUGGCCUCACCAGCAGAGGCCCUCGCACGCCUCUCCCCGCCCCACCACUUCCACCUCGUGCUGCUCUCCCUCUCCUUCCCUCACCUCCCCCCAGCACUCUUUGUCCAGCGCCUGCGCGAGAUGGAAGCUGCUGCAGCUGGUGAGGCAGUAGCGGGAAGUGGGGAAUACAGGGGAGCUUCAAGAGAGGAUGCGGAGAUGACUAGAAGUGCCAGUGGCGGCAGUGCUGCAGUGGGUGGUGGUGGUGCAGAGGAGGCAUGCGGCAGCAGUGCUUGUCAGAUUCCAGUGCCCGUGCUGGGAAUGGUUACAGAUUUCCUCUCCAACGACAUGCCACCACGCGUACGUGCCGCCGCCAUUGACGCGUGCAUAUCGUCUUCCAACGCUUUAAUUCACGCGUCGCCGUCGUACGGACCAGUCGUCUCCCUCUCCGCGUCCUUGAUUCGCUUAGCGUCGUCACGUCUCUCACCAAGCAGCAAGUCCUCUCCCUUCCGUUCCCCGCACGCUUCCGCCGCGUCGUCAUUCUCCUCCUCCUUCUCCGGUAGGAAGCUCGUCGCGCCAUGCAUACCACGGCCGGCGGUAGGCAGCGAUCGACGGCGGUUGGCAGUGGUGUCGGCGGUUGGGAGCGCGGAGAGCGGAGGCGCGGAUGCGUUGGGGAUGGCGAGCGAGGCGUACGGGCAGAUGGCCGAGGCGCUGCUUAAUGGGCUACCCCCCGAGGUGGAGCAGGCGGUGGUGGCGGUGCACCGCGAGAUCGCGCAACUCGCGGCGGACGCGGGCCUCUCCAUUCCGCUCGACGACCCGGCGUCGCUGCGGCAGUGGACGGUGGCGCUGGUGCUGCUCGUGCUGUACGCCGCCGCGCCCCCCGCGCCGCUCAUGGGGCUGCUCGACUUCCUCGUCGCGCCCCUGCACGCGCGCACCGACAAGGAGCUGGACCCGGCGCGGGUGAAGGUGGGGCGGCAGAUAGGCGAGGGCAGCUUCGGCGUGGUGUACGAGGGUUUCAUCUCCAACGGCAAGGCGGGCAAGGAGGGGCGGUGGGAGCGGCGGGUGGUGCUGAAGCGAGUGAAGACGCGGGUGAAACAUUCCGAUGAGAUGAGGGACGUCGAACUCUACAUGAACCACCGCCUGCAGCGCACGGCGCCGGGCGUGUGUGCGCGGUUCAUAGGCACCAUGCAGGUGGCGCCGGAGCAGGCCAGCGGCAAGCUCGAGGAGGGCGUGUGGCUGGUGUGGGAGUACCAGGGCGAUCGCACGCUGGACCAGUUCCUGCGCCACCGCUCCUACCCGCUCAACCUCGCCAAACACGUGCUCGGGGUGGACGACGCCUUGUUGCGGGGCAGCAAGGGCAGCAGCUCGGAGGAGAGGGAGCAGCAGGUGUGGAUGGAGUGGGAGGUGGCGCAGGAGGUGAUGAGGCAGAUUCUCUCCGACCUCAAGCACCUGCACUCCUGUGGAGUGGUGCACAGGGACGUGAAGCCGUCGAAUCUGAUACUGGACGAGCUCGCGGGCAGUCUGUGCCUCAUCGACCUGGGCGCCUGUGUCGACCUGCGCUCCGGCCACAACUACGUACCCAACGAGACGGUGAUGGAUCCCAAGUACUGUGCACCGGAGCGCUUCGUCAUGCCGCCCGGCACUACGCCGCCCCUGCCGCCCGACCCGCUGGCGUCGCUGCUGUCGCCCUUCCUGUGGGCGCUCAACACACCCGACCGCUUUGACGUCUACUCCGCGGGCAUAGUGCUGAUGCAGCUGUGCAUGAAGCGACUGCGCAAUGCGUCUGCUCUGAAGGAGUUCAACGAGGAGUUGAGGCGGUGCGACCACGACCUGGCCAAGUGGAGGGCCACUUUCAACCCCAGCGAUGACGACAUGGCCGUGCUCGAUGCCAAUGGCGGAGCGGCAUGGCAGUUGGCGCAGCAGCUGCUGAGGAAGCGACCCAACCACGAGGAAGCCGUGUGGCCCAGCGCCAUGGGCGGGCGGCCCUCCGCAGCCCAGGCGCUGCGCCACGCGUUCUUCUCCAUGCGCGCGCCAGAGCCCUUCCGCGCGUCACGCCUGGCGGCGGCCACACAGGCAGCGCUGUCAGGCACGGCGUACGCCACGCUGGGACGCGGAGGGGGCGCCAUGGCGCAGGCCAAGGCGCGCGCUGCCCAGGAGAAGGCGCGGGUGGCGGGGCGGGUGGAGGGGCGCAAGGGCAGGGCGGGGGAGGAGAAGGGGGAGAAGGGCAAGGCGCGGAAAGAGGCUGGGGAGAAGGGGGGGAGUGCUGGGAAAAGGGGAGGGGAGGGGAUGGGCGUUGAAGGGCUAGUGAUGGCGUGGGGGGGCAGAGGGAGGGGGGAGAGAGAGGAUUUAGGGAGUGAGGGGAAGAGGGUUGGUGGGAAGAAGCAAGCGGGGAAGGAGGCGGAGGGGUCAGGGGAGGGGAGGGUGGAGGAGGGGGUGGUGUUUGCGCUGCAGCAGAUGUGGGCGGCUAGCAAUGGGGGAGGGGGGAGUGGCAGUGAGAGCAGGGGGAAGGGGCGCGAGGAGGGUGUGGGGUCGGAUGGGAGUGGGAAGGGGGAGAGGCGGGCGCGGAAGGCAGGGAAGGGGGAGGAGGGGGUGAAGGGGGCAAGGCAAGGGGCGGCAGCAGGCAAGGGAGAGGCGCAGGGGCAGGCGGGCGCACUGGGGGCAUUGGGCGCGCUGGGCGCAGGGGGGGGAGGGCAGGGGGCGGAGGUGGUGCUGGAGGCGCUGAGGCGGGUGCUGGGGGAGGGGGUGGGGGCGGAGGGGGGGAAGGGGGAGCAGGGCGCAGUGGAGGGGCCGGCAGUGCGGUGGGGGGAGGGGGGCGUGCAGGGCAUGGUGAGCGAGGGGCGGCGGGUAGUGAGGGAGGCGUUUACUGGCGCUGUGGUGGCGCAUGCUGAGGCGUACAGUGGGGGGGCGGAGGGCAGGGCGGGGGGGAAGGACUCUGGUUCGGGCAAGGACAAAGGGUCUGGUAAAGAGGGUGGGUCAGGCAGGGAGAAUGGAUCGGGCAAGGAUGGGAGUGCGGGGAGCAGGGAGAAGGUAGCAUCGGGUAAGAGCAAAGGGGGGUCAGGGAAGGGGGAUGGAGGCGAGGGGGGUGGGAGCAAGGGCAGUGGGAGGGGGGAGGCGAAGGAGGCAGGUGGGAAGGCGAGGAGGAAGAAGGAGGAGGGCAAGGGGGCGCGCAAGAGAGAGCUGGUGACCGCAGCAAUGGGCAGCAGCGGCGGCAGCAGUGGCAGUGGUGGCAGUGGUGGCAGUGCAGUGGAGCUACCAUUCGACCUGCAGCGCUCCAAGGUGGCGGCGGCCUAUGUGCUGGGGUCCGCUGCUGCCUCCCUCGCCCGCCUCUUUGUGCCCCUCCAACCCUCCCCCGCCACCACCGCUGCCAGCGCCCGCCCUGCACCACCGCCUGCUGCUGUAACCCCAGCAUCAGCCCCAGCAUCAGUGCCAGCAGCAGUGCCAGCAGCGCUAGCAGCAGCGGCAGCGUCUAGUAAGAGAGCAGCAGCAGCAGCAUCAGUUGCUGCUUCGAAUAAGAGAGCAGCAGCUGCGGCAGCAGAUGCAGCAGUGCCGGCAGCUGCUGCAGCAGUGGCAGAAAGGGGUGCGGCGCAGCAGCAGCGGGGGCAGGUGGGGGGGCAGGCAGGCGAGCAGAAGAGUGCAGGCGAAGCACGGCAGGUGAAGGGGAUGGGGGAAGGCGAAACGGGUGGGGGGGGAGGCGCACUGGCGCAGGCACUGCUGCAGUGGGUGAGGGGAAGGGCAGGCGGAGGAAGUGAUGCAGGCGGGGGGAGCAAGGGAGCAGCAGCACAGGGCGAUGGGGGGCGGGGAAGUGUCAAGCCCAGGGGUGGUCGAGGAGAGGAGGGCAGUCUGAGGAGAGCAGGGAAGCGAGGGAAUGGGGGGGAGAGUGGGGGUGGUGGGAUCUCGGGAGUGCGAGUGAGGUGGGGGCUGCUGGGGCUGGCAGCCAAGGGCGUGGAGAGAGGCAUGGAGCGCGCCAGAGGGGCAGGCAGGGCGGGCGUGGGAGGCGUGGGGGUGAAUGGCAGGAUGGGCGGGGUGAGACUCAAGCCCAGUGCCACUGCUGACGUGGCAGACCCUGUGACGGACAACGGCAUCAUCACUGACAUCACUCUGGAUCCCCAGGCCAUUGCCGACGUCAGCCUGCUGCUGGCGCUGUGCAGUCAGGGUGACGAGGAGGAGAGCGAGAGUGGGGGAGAGAGUGGAAGCGAGGAGGGGAGUGAGAGGAGAUCUGCCGGAGUAGGGAGGCAGAUGCUUUACAACAGCAGCAGCAGCAGCAGCAGUGAGGCUGGAGUAGAGCCAGCUGCCUCUGCCCCAUCAGACGCCUCUUCGAUGCAAGUGGGCCUCACGUCUGCACGCGCCCUGCCUUCCUCCUCGUCCACUCUCGACCCCGACGCGCACCCACUGGUGGCAGCGCUGCUGGCAGAUGGCGGUGUGGGCGGUGGCGAGGGGGCGGUGGGUGUGCAGCAGGCGGAGGUGCGGGUGGGGGAAGAUGGGAGUGUGCGAGUGAGUGUGUGCGUGGGAGGCGUGGAGAGCACUGUGCUGCUGCAAGCCGACAGCACUGGGGCGCUCGUCAUGGCCGUGGGGGAAGGAGCCACCGCGGGCCAGGCACCCUCAGCAGCUGCAGCUGCAGUGGCGGCAGAGGGCGCAGAGGCGAGUGCAGUGGCAGCAGGUGGCGUGGGAGGGUCCUCACUGUCUCCUACCGCGCCACAGCCCCUUGCCAUCCCAGCCUCCACUAACACUGCCCCUGGACAAGUUGUGCUGCCGCUGUGGGGGUGGCUGGGAGGGCGUGAGCCAGCCAGGGAGGCAUUGGCAGAGGCAGCGGCUCAGCUGGCUGCAAUCAGAAGCAAGCUGCCCUCCGCCUCCACACCUGCAACCCCCACCUCCCCCCCUGCACCCCCCUCCACCUCUAUGCCCGCUGCUUCCCCACCUGCACCCUCUGCUUCAGCACCUGCUCUGUUACCCACAGAGAAUGCAGCCUUGGUUGUUGGUGGUAGUGGGGAGGAGGAGGCGAGUGGGGAGGAAGAGAGGCAGAAGCAUCUGUUGUCUGCUGUUGAUGUGCCGGCUGUGGCUGAGCCAUCAGUCUCAGACGAGAAGGCAAGACAGAUAGGAGUGGAGUGGAGAGAAACAGCGGAGGGAACACUGGUGGUGAGACUGGGUGCAGGAGAGGGAGCGGGCUUGGAGAGCACAACCGUGCUCACAGUGGAUGCCACGGUGGGGGAGAAUCUGGGCCACCAAGGGGGCAGCAACAGUAACAGCAGCAGCAGCAGCAGCAGCGAUGGUGGUGUGCUGCAAGGGCUGCAGGAGCAGUUGUCAGUGGGCCUGUCUCCCUUUGCCAGCGCCAUUCGCGCCCUCACAGGGGUGUCACUGUGGGGCGGGGGCCAGAGGGUGCAGGGCGGCAUGACAGAGGCGCAGGUGAGGGAGCAGCUGGAGGAGCUGCGGCGGAAGAGGGAGGCGCGGCGGGCGGGGGCAGAGGGGCUCAACGCUGCUCUGGCGGGGCUCAACAGCCAGAUGUUGGACCUGCAGGCCACACUGCAGGAGAACAAGCAAGCCGUCACCGAGCAGAAGAAGAUUCUCACUCGGUAUUGUUUCCCUGGUCGCAGCAUAUCGUGCAUCCACGAGAACAAGGAGAACUUGGAGCUCGGCAGUUUCGAGGAACGACUGGUGAACGCCUUUUGCAGCGGAACCCUCGACGCCGAGGUGCCGCGAGCCAUCGACGACAUCAUCGCCCUCGCGCAGCGCCUCAGCCUCUCGCACGGCGACACCCACGCUCGCGAAACGAGCCACGCGAGCGACGCUGAUUCGCCAGUCUCUGUCGUUCGGCGAUCACCCCUGAACGACAUCUCGUCGCUCCACAGUGACGACGACGAUCAGGUUCAGCCAGCUCGCAAGACGAGCUCUGAGAAAGGCCAACAUAAAAAGAAGCAAGAGUCGAGAGCGUCGUCCUCGUCUGUGGCUACCCCUCUCGGCACGCAGAGGCGGCGAGGCAGCUCAGCCCCGUCGCGCGCUGCUGAGCGAGCCCCCCACGCGGCCGAGCGACGCACAAGAAGCUGCGCUGCUCCGGCCUCUGCAUUCCGCUGA